GCAAGCACAAGAGCCCGGAAAAGAUACGAGGCGAUAGUUAACGGUACUAAGCCGGCUUGGAAAUGUGAUCCCCAAAAACGUCGACCUAUUGAAGGAGAUUGUCCAAUUUGCUACGAACCUCUGGAUGAAAAACAAAGAUAUAAGAUCGUCUGGUGUAAAUCUGGUUGUGGAAACAAUAUUCACAAGGAGUGCUUUGUGAAAUGGGGAAAGUCAAAAGGCUAUUAUAGGAAGAUUACAUGCGUCUAUUGUCGUGUUGAAUGGAAAGUUGAUGCCGAUGGAGAAAUGAGCGACGAAGGUUACCUGAAUCUUGCUAGAGCCCAGGGGAUGACAUACGCUAGAGGUGCUCUAAUGAAUUCAUAA